CUGCCUGUGGCUGAUGCUGGCGGCAUCCUGAUUGGCUAAACGAAGCUGUCAAUCACCGUGUCCUUCCCGCCCACUUCCGCCUGGAUCCAGAGAGACUCUUCGAUUGUUUAUGUUGCUACCGCCUAAUGUGACAUUAUUUCACAGGUGGUGUUUUUCGGACGUCUGUGAUGCUUGGCCGAUGUGGGAACAUGUCCUCUGAGUAAUGUUUAGUUACCUUCUCUGCUCAGUAUGAACAGCGAGGAGGAGUUUUUCGACGCUGAGACGGGGCUGGAGUCAGAUGACUCCUGUGAGGUCAGUUUUCAAGAUGCCCAGGUGACAGCACAGGAGAAUGGGAUGUGGGAACGCAGGAAAACCCUCCCGGCUGAAAUGAUCUCCAGAAACAACUUCAGUCUGUGGAGUAUAUUGAGGAAAUGCAUCGGCUUGGAGCUGUCCAAAAUAGCGAUGCCAGUUGAAUUUAAUGAGCCGCUGAGUUUUCUCCAGAGACUCUCGGAAUACAUGGAGCACACUCAUCUUAUCCACGAAGCCUGCACUUUGUCUGACUCCAUAGACCGCAUGCAGGUUGUUGCUGCGUUUGCAGUUUCAGCUGUAGCAUCUCAAUCAGACAGGACUGGAAAGCCUUUUAAUCCUUUACUGGGGGAGACGUAUGAACUCAUAAGGGAGGAUGAGGGAUACAGAUUGAUUUCGGAGCAGGUGAGCCACCACCCUCCCAUCAGUGCCUUCCAUGCUCAGUCUCUGAAGCAUGAGUUUGAGUUUCAUGGCUCCAUCUACCCAAAACUCAAGUUGUGGGGCAAAAGUGUGGAGGCUGAGCCCAAAGGCACCAUGACACUGGAGUUGGUGAAACAUAAAGAAACAUACACAUGGAUAAAUCCAAUGUGUUGUGUGCACAACAUCAUUUUGGGAAAACUCUGGAUUGAGCAGUAUGGAACUGUGGAGAUCGUCAACCACAGCACAGGAGAAACGUGCGUGCUACACUUUAAACCAUGUGGGAUGUUUGGGAAGGAGCUACAUAAAGUAGAAGGUUAUAUUCAAGACAAAAAUAAGAAGAAGCGGCGAGUGAUCUAUGGGAAGUGGACAGAGUGCAUCUACAGCGUGGACCCCAAAGUCUAUGACGCGCACAAGAAGGACAAGAAGACGGCAGCAGAUCCUAAAAAGCAGAAACCGGGUAAUUAUUGUGAAGCCGAGGAGGCAGAUGAGAUGCCAGAAGUUCUUGAAACGGUGACUGUGAUACCAGGAAGUGCCUUACUGUGGAGGAUAACACCGCGACCUGCUCACUCAGCACAAAUGUAUAAUUUCACCAGCUUUGCCAUGACACUAAACGAGCUGGAGCCCAGCACGGAGAGGGCGAUUGCACCAACAGAUAGCCGAAUGAGACCCGACAUCCGAGCCAUGGAAAAUGGAGACACGGACACAGCGAGUACAGAGAAGGAGCGGUUAGAAGAGAAACAAAGGGCAGCGCGCAGGGAACGCUCCAAGGACGAGACGUGGCCAACCAGGUGGUUCCAGCUGGGAACACACCCUUUCACAGGAGCCGAGGAAUGGCUGUACACGGGUGGAUACUUUGACAGGAAUUACACCGACUGUCCCAACAUUUAUUGACGCAGGCGGUGAAGAACGUCUCCGUGAUAGGAUUUACUUUUAGGUUGUUUUUUUCUAAACGUCUGAGAUUCAUAUCUGUGGCCUCUAGACGCUCACUGGUACUGUGUCUCUCUUUGAAAAUGUGAUUUAGAUAUUUUAUCAGAUUAUCUGCAAUUGACGGCCACAGGAACAAUGUGAUAAUAUUAAGGAGAAUCGUAGUUUACUUAAAUUUACUUAGAGUAACAUGAAACGUAUUCAUCUUUAUGUUCCCUAACAAUAACAGCCAACGUGUAUGUUAAUCACCCGUAGAGUCACCUGUGCCACGAUGCUGCAGGACACCAAGCUGACUGUAAAACUGCAUAUUUUCAGGUUUAGUUCAGGUACUCUACUAUUUAACCUGUAGACUUCCCACGCAAACUUUCUGUCGAGUUUCAUUCAGACAUCAGGGGUUAUCUUAACACAUCAGCUACUUUUUUUAUAUAUAUAUAUAUAGCCUAUUUAAAUAUUAGAAGUCUAUUUUAGUUAGCACUAAACAUCAAAUGUGACGAGUCUGUGACUAGUAAUGAACAAAACAUUUGGAAGCUGCUUUUAACCAACGUUUACUGCCACAGUAAACAGAUAUUACAUUAUAAUGUUCGCGGUCACAUAGUUCAUGUGUCUACUAAUAUGUGACGCAUGCAUGGUCACCAAGAUGCGAAUACACACACACACACGUCACACGUCAAAGCCAUAAAAAAUGUCCUCUGCACUGAAUAUAAUACUGUAAACGCAUUAACGUAAAACUUAAAAGCGAAGGAAUACAGAGCGACUUUGUAACUCUGUUGCUGUCUAUUGUCUGUAACUGAAAUCUUGAGGCAUAUUCACACUCCACAUCCUGGUCGUUGCUGCUCCAGUCACAUGGGAGCUGUAAACACAAUGUAGAAUGUUGCUAAGGAUACAGUUAGUUACAUGAGGGCUACCUCUUCAGCACUUUUACUUUUAGCCUGCCUGUAUUUGUUUACUUUAACAAACUGACACCAUUAAAUUCAUAAUGCUGUAAAAAAAACUACAAAAAAAACUUGUCAUUUUCAAGCAGAUUAUUUAUUCACAGUGGAAUAAUCUGAGUAAGAUAUCACAAGAAAGUUAAAACCACAGUGCAAAAAUGUCUCCUCAUGUCAGACACACUUGGAAGAGAAGCUGUGUCAUAACACUCCAUGGAUACAAAGGCUCUAUUUUGAGUUCUUCAAGUCAUUUCACAGUAGAUCUGUUUUUGGACACGGCGAGAAUGAAUGAGACCGGACACUGUUGGCACUGCGAUCCUAUGCAAACCGAUCCAUCUAUUCUGCCCUCCUGAAAUGUGAAAAACCUCUUUAGCUCGUAGCCAGUGUGUGUGUGAGUGAGGCACUACAGAGGCAGCAGUUAAUGAAUGUUGUGUGCUGGUACUGUGAUGCUUACGUUACAUUUGACCGCUCACAGUCCUACUUACAUGAUGUGUAGUGAAUUAUGUCUGACAUCAUGUUCUUCCCCCCCUGGCUGCUGUCAUUUUUUUUCCUGAAUUCAAAGCACCUUUUAAUGAUCCCUGCACACGUACAAGAGGUGCUUUUGAUCUUGUGCUCUUUGUUUCAUAAUCUUUUUUUUGUCCAGCAUAAUUUGAUAAUGUUUACAUUGUAUGUUCAUUGGUCUGUUUUCUCCUCCAAAUAGUUAUACACAUAGCCAUAUGCAUACAAUUCAUAAUUAAAGAAAUAAAUUAUAGAUUAUUGAAAUAA